UAGCGGGGUGCAAAAAUGCAGAGCAAUAAAACCUUUAACUUGGAGAAGCGAAACCAUACUCCAAGGAAGCAUCAUCAGCAUCACCACCAGCAGCACCACCAGCAGCACCACCAGCAGCAGCCACCACCGCCACCAAUACCUGCAAAUGGGCAACAAGCCAGCAGCCAAAAUGAAGGCUUGACUAUUGACCUGAAGAAUUUUAGGAAACCAGGAGAGAAGACCUUCACCCAACAUAGCCGGCUCUUUGUGGGCAAUCUUCCUCCUGAUAUCACUGAAGAGGGGAUGAGGAAACUAUUUGAGAAAUAUGGGAAAGCAGGCGAAGUCUUCAUUCAUAAGGAUAAGGGCUUUGGCUUUGUCCGCUUGGAAACACGAACCUUAGCGGAGAUUACCAAAGUAGAAUUGGACAACAUGCCACUUCGUGGAAAGCAGCUGCGUGUGCACUUUGCCUGCCCUAGUGCAUCCCUUACAGUCCGAAACCUUCCUCAGUAUGUUUCCAAUGAACUGCUGGAGGAAGCCUUUUCCGUGUUUGGCCAGGUGGAGAAGGCUGUAGUCAUCGUGGAUGAUCGAGGAAGGCCCUCAGGAAAAGGCAUUGUUGAAUUCUCAGGGAAGCCAGCUGCUCGGAAAGCUCUGGACAGGUGCAGGGAAGGCUCCUGCCUGCUAACCACAUUUCCUCGGCCUGUGACUGUGGAGCCCAUGGACCAGUUGGAUGAUGAAGAGGGACUUCCAGAGAAACUGGUUAUAAAGAAUCAGCAAUUUCAAGAGCGAGAGCAGCCACCCAGAUUUGCACAGCCUGGCUCCCUUGAGUAUGAGUAUGCCAUGCGCUGGGAGGCACUGAUUGAGAUGGAGAAGCAGCAGCAGGACCAAGUGGACCGCAACAUCACGGAAGCUCGUGAGAAGCUGGAGAUGGAGAUGGAGGCUGCUCGCCAUGAGCACCAGGUCAUGCUAAUGAGACAGCAUUUGAUGAGGCGUCAAGAAAAACUUAGGAGGAUGGAAGAGCUGCACAACCAAGAAGUGCAAAAACGAAAGCAACUGGAGCUCAGGCAAGAGGAGCGCAGGCGUCAAGAGGAAGAGAUGCGGCGGCAACAGGAAGAAAUGAUGCAGCGACAGCAGGAAGGAUUCAAGGGAACAUUCCCUGAUGCGAGAGAACAGGAGAUACGGAUGGGUAUGGGAGGUGCUAUGGGCAUAAACAAUAGAGGUGCCAUGCCCCCUGCUCCAGUGCCAGCUGGUACCCCAGCUCCUCCAGGACCUGCCACUAUGAUGCCAGAUGGAACCUUGGGAUUGACCCCACCAACAACUGAACGCUUUGGCCAGGCUGCUACAAUGGAAGGAAUUGGGGCAAUUGGUGGAACCCCUCCUGCAUUCAACCGUGCAGCUCCUGGAGCUGAAUUUGCUCCAAACAAACGUCGCCGAUACUAAUAAAAAUUUCAAUUUCUAGUUUCCCAAAAACCCUUAAAAGCAGGAUAC